AUGUUCAUUUCCAGCUCACGCAGCAAAUCCCAUCGAGAGAGUUUCCAGCAUCGUGCUGGAAAAUCGAUGAGCAAAAAACAGAAAUCAUUUAAAGAGAUCCAACUUCCGAUAAAGCGUGUCACAACCACUCGUUUGGCUCCAGUAUCGUCAUCACAUUCCUCACCUACCCGGACUGAGAGUACAUAUCCCACAUCACCUGACUCUGCAUCAGCUGUCGUGACCAUCAGUGUCGGACCUGAGCAGAGAUUAUUCGCCGCUCACGAAGGCGUCUUGAACAAGUCGCCCUACUUCGCCGACAUCGUUCGGGCGCAAUUCUUCGAACCUGCCGGCAAGCGUAUCGAACUUCCCAACGAAGCGCCUGAAGUAUUCUCUGCGGUUCUCGAGUAUCUCUAUAAGGGAGAUUAUACUCCAAACAUCAACUAUGAUAAGAAGCGUGGCAGUUGGUUCCUGGAAGACCAAGAGGGGACACAGGGUAACGACUAUUGCAUCCAGUCGGCACACGGCGCAUCAAUCUUGAGGGACACUGUCAUCUAUUGCUCCGCUUAUCGCUACCAACUACCCGAACUCCAACGCUUAGCACUUAAAAAGCAAGGCCUCGCGGCAAACGUGCAAUGCAGCACCAUCCUGUCUUCCGCCCGCUACGCUUACGCCAAUACACCCGCUUCCGACUCGAAACUUCGGGCACAUUACCUCGCCUUAAUCAUCCGCAGCCGCAACACAUUCAAGCGCAGCGGCACCAUGCAGUUGGAGAUGGAAGCAGGAGGCACGCCACUCUUCUUCGACCUCUUCGUCGCCAUGGUCAACCAUCUCGUAAGUACACCUGAGUCAUUGAAUACAUUACAUGUCCAUGCUGACGGAUCUCUGCACAGGAGGAUGUCACGAGCGGCAAAUCCCCUCGAGUGUAGUGCCGUCCGUCCAACGCACCCCACGAUGAACUCUCUCUUCGCGGCUUCUCUUCUCACCGUCAUCGAUUGA